AUGGCCAUUGUCAUCAACUUUCCCGAUUUUCGUAAAGGGUCCAACGAAUUUUCACAAAAAGAUGAAGUGAAGUACAUUGGUCGAAAGGGAUAUGCAACACAAAAUAUAAUGAUUGUUUGUGAUUUUAACAUGUGCUUUACAUUUGUCUGGACCAGUUGGGAGGGGACUGCACAUGAUACAAGAAUUUUCAAUGAAGCCUUACAGAGACCAGAUCUUAAUUUUCCCUAUCCAACAGGUGAUAAAUAUUAUGUUGUUGAUGUCGGAUAUCAAAAUACUAGAGGGUAUCUUGCUCCAUACAAAGACACAAAUAUUCGUUAUCAUUUACCAGAUUUUCGACGUGGACACACAGCUGCUAUUCGUGAACCUCGUGGACCGAAAGAGAAAUUUAACUAUCUUCACUCAUCAUUGCGAAAUAUCAUUGAACGAACUUUUGGAGUGUGGAAAGCUAGGUGGACGUUAUUAAGAGACAUGCAUGUUAAUUACAAGUACAAGAACCAAGUGAGAAUUGUGAUAGCAUCGAUGACGAUCCAUAACUACACUAGAAAGGUUGGUAGGUUUGAUGAAACGAUUAAUAUGGCACAACAAGAAUCUUACAAUCAUGUACGAGGUGAUACCGGUAGUGAUGUUUACGAAGAAGGUCCAAGUACACGUCGUACGGACGGUGAUGAUUUAUAUAUCGCAACGAUACGGGAUAUUAUUGCACAAGAUAUAAUCACAUUGCGAAGAUGA